AUGGGCCUCACAACUUUUCUCGGAUCCUCCACCGAUAAACUCGUCUCCAGCCGCUCCAAGACUUCCUCGUCCAACUCUCUCGACAAAGCUUCUGAGACCGCUUCCUCCCAAACAACAGACGCUGGCCCUGCCUCCAGCCCCGCCUCCAGCUCCCAUCAUGGAUACAUACACGACGAAGAGCAGCUCCCUGCGCUCCCCCCCGACUGCCCGAAUCUCCGCGAGCUCAACAACAGCCUAGAAGCCCUUGCCGCCAUCUUCCCCGACAUUCAGAUUCAGGUCUUCCGCGAAAUGUUGAUCAACUUUGACGAGGAAUCAAGGCUGGCUGUUGUGAUCGACGCCUUAUUGAAGAAUCGCGUCGCCUGGGUCAAGGGUCGCUGGAGGACCGUCAAUAUUCAACGUCCUAGACCCCCGGUUGCGAGCGAAGAAGCACGAGAGCAGGACGAAGUUCUGAUUCCCCGCGUCGAAGCCUUCCGAAGUCCCGAGUACAAGCACGCCGUGCAAGCGCUGGCUUGGCACGAGUUCAAAGGCCUGUCACGCUCGACCAUCAACGCCGUCCUCGCCGAGUCCAACUACUCUUACCUCGAAGCUCGCAACACACUCGUAUCGCUCUCCUCAAAAUCCUGGCGCUUCACCAUAUCGUCCCUCUUCCUCCGCCGGAAACCGGUCGCUACGGGCGAAGCCGAAAAUCACCCGCUGAUAAUCUGGAAGUCGACCGGCCAAGGCGCCAUCGUGCCUUCUCUCAAGGCCACGGGAAACGCCGAGCUCAACUUUGAGCUAUACCGCGAUUUGGUACGACCGCUAAAAGACCAGGCGCGACAAACGCAAGAGGACAAGGAUCGAAGUCUGGCUUUGUUGAUGAAUAAUGAAGAGGCCGAGGGAGCCGGCGCAAUGUAUGAGUGUGCAUGCUGCUUCACCGAGUCCACUUUCGAAGAAUUCACAACCUGCAACACUGAUGGGCACAUGCUCUGCUUCCGCUGUAUCCAGCACUCCAUUACAGAAGCCGUAUUUGGCCAGGGAUGGCACAGCAGCAUCGAUACAAACCAUGGCACAUUGAAAUGUCUCGCUGUCGAAGGGAACGGGUGCCCUGGCAACAUUCCCUAUGAUCACAUACACCGCGCCAUGCUAGAGGAGAAGAAGGGCGCCGAGAUCCUCCGUAAACUCGACCAGCGUUUGGCUGAAAACAGUCUCCUGACGUCCAACAUACCCCUAAUUCGGUGCCCCUUUUGCGACUACGCUGAAGUGGACGACAUCUACCUCCCAGCGCAGGAAACGCAACUGCGGGUCAGACUUGACAGUUUACUCAGUCUCGUACUCCUCCUUGUAUGCAUUGCGACCGUUCCAUUUCUCCUGCCUGUGGUUUUGUUGUCGUCCUUUCUCUGCCUCCUUAUCAGCACGAAGCAGACAGUCGGCGACCACUUGGUUGCACAAUGGCACUUGGCACUUGGCCGUCAUCGUCGACGGCGUCGAGGCCUCAAGUUCGCAUGUCAAAAUCCCGAUUGCGGAAAAAGCUCGUGUCUAUCUUGCGCCAAGGCUUGGAAGGAUAUCCACGUAUGCAAUGAGUCGUCUCUGGUUGCACUGCGUACGCAGGUCGAGCAGGCGAUGAGCAUGGCCAUCAAGCGUGUUUGUCCGCGAUGUCACACGUCGUUUGUCAAGAACUCGGGCUGCAACAAGCUUACUUGUCCUUGUGGCUAUAAAAUGUGCUACGUCUGUCGGAAGGACAUUGGCGGCAGCAAUGGGGACGGCGAAGGAUACAGGCACUUUUGCGACCACUUUAGACCGGACGGCGACCCGCGGCCCUGCACCGAGUGCUCGAGAUGCAAUCUAUGGGAGAGUGAGGAUACGGACUCGGUGUUGAAGCAGGCCAAGGAAGAGGCCGAGGCCAAGUGGCGCGAGACGGAGAAGCGUGAGCUGAAUGGGGCCGAAAAGGCCUUUUUGGAGACGGGCUUCGCCAGGAACGGGGUCUCGCCGGUCGAGAAUUGCCUCAAGAACGGUCAAUUGCCGACCUUGCCGGAGCUCUGUGACUUUGUUGUCGAGACAAUUUUUGUGUGA